CUGGUCAAUCAAAAAUGAGUCAUUGGUUAGCCAAAAUUGAUGUCACAACACAAAGGUCAUGUAUAAAAAUAUGUCUUGUAUUUAGGAUAAGCGAUGACACAACAAAUUAUAGUGUGAUGUAGUACAUGCUUUUGAUAAAAAGAAUAUGUUCGGACCCGAAACCGCUCUCAAGAUAGCUGCUAAUUUAUAUGAAAGUAAACAUGAUUCUUUUUAUGUUUAUGAAAUCAAACAGCCAAGCAUCAAAUCCAAAGACUUCCAAGCCAAAGAUUUUCAAAAAGUAGUAUCUUUUUUAAAAAAAGCUACUAAUAAAAGAGAAGGCUAUUGUUGCUUGGGAAUGACCUGUUUUGGUACGUCCACUUCAAGAACAUAAGAACUCUGACAAUAACUCCUUUUUUUAUUGGAAUAGAUGCUGUCAUGACUUUCUACAGCAUGUCCUGGGGUACAAAUGGCGUAUACAAGAUGAUAGAGCUGGACUCCUGCUGCAUUCCUAUUGAUACAGCAGAGUUCAAAAAGUAUUUGACACUUAGUCUAAUUCAGGCACGCUGGCAUACGCAGCAUUGUUUACUGCAUAGUAAAGAUCGAAUAAAAAAUUCAAUGUAUUGACUUUUUUUUAUUGUUUAAAAAGAAAAGAAAAUGUAAUGUAC